AUGGAUUUGAUUAAAUUAUCUGCUUGUUCCAUAUUGCUUUGUUUUAAAGCAAAAAGUAUUUUCAGAUUCUUAAAUGAUUGUAAAAAUGCAAUAUUUGGAGAUCCAAUUGAAACUGCCAAAGUUUUUUCAUUAAAAAAUAAUUCAAUAAAAAUACGCCUCUUAAAGGUUUGUGCCCCCUCUUUAAUAUAUAAUCUACAAAAUAAUUUGUAUUACGUUGCUUUAUCCAAUUUGGAAUCCACGACAUUUUGUGUUAUUUAUCAAUUGAAAAUUUUAACAACAGCGAUUAUGUUGAGAAUAUUGCUUGGGAAACUAAUUUCUAGAAUACAAUGGAUUGCUCUUUUAAUUCUUGUUAGUAAACCUCCAUUAUUAGACACACCCUUGUGA